GCCCUCUGCAGCUCAUUACCGCCUUCAGUUCAUGUAACGUCUGUGGAUUUCAGCAGCAGCAGCUCUGUCAGCUCAGUCUUUGGCUUUCUUCGUGUCAUGCUGGAGCACAGCAUGACUUGGAGAUUUUUGGGAGAGACUUUGCUCAGUUUUUAACCCACUUCAGAAACCACAGAGGAGGAGGGCCUGGUCACUGGGGGAAAGAUGAAAAGAGGAGACGCACCUGUUUCAAAGCAGUCAAGUGCUUGUUUGGGUACAAACAUGCCUCGGCAGUUUUACAAGGUAACUCUGAGUGAGGUGGAGGAGGAGAAGCAGCUACUAGCAGAGAAAGUGUACGCCUCAGCGCUGAAAGAAGAAGACAACAAGGAUGCGUUGUCAAUGUUCACAGUGCCCGAGGACUGCCCCAUCGGGCUGCAGCAAGCCAAAAACCAUGAGCUGCUCAAGGACCUGGCAGAGCAACAGUCCGAGGAGAGCUCCAAAAGGAGAAAAAGUUUCAUGUUGAUUCGCUCCCAGUCGCUGUCCUUGCAGAUCCCAGUGACUACAGAUGGCUCAGGUCCGGGGACCUUUACACCAUUAAUGUCCGCCAGCUCCACUUUCUCAUCAGCGCCAGAAACCUGUCCUGAUUUCCAGAGAGUCACUAUCAGCGGUGAUUACUGUGCAGGGAUCCCAGUAGAAGACUACGAGCAGGCUGCCAAAAGUCUGUUUAAAGCGCUGCUGCUUCGAGAAAAGUACUCCAAACUGGCCUAUCACAGAUUCUGUCGAACAACAAGCCAGUUUCUGCGCAUUGCUGAGAACACAACAUGGAAUGAAGAUGAUGAGGUUCUACCUGACAUGUGCCCGUGUCCGAUGGAAGGUGAGGACCCUUACAGUGAGGAGAACAUCCCUGAGCAGCUCAACUAUGAGCUGAAGAUGAAGGAUGGGAUCGUGCACGUGUACGACGGUGCAGAGGCGCUCGGAAAGGAUCAYCCCCUCGACCUUCCCUACCCGGACCUGGAGACGUUUGCCAUUGAUUUAAAUCAGGUGCUGGCAAUGAUUGCAGAUGGACCCACAAAAACCUACUGCCACAGAAGACUAAACUUCUUGAGCUCCAAGUUCAACCUGCAUGAAAUGCUAAAUGAGAUGGCAGAGCUUAAGGAACUGAAAAGUGUUGCUCACAGAGAUUUUUACAAUGUUAGGAAGGUGGACACGCACAUCCACGCAGCUGCUUGCAUGUCUCAGAAACACCUGCUCACCUUCAUUCAGAAAACAUACAAAUCUGAUGCAGACAGGGUAGUCCUGCAGAAGGACGGACAAAAGAUGAGCCUCCAGCAGGUUUUCCAGAGCCUCAACAUGGACAUAUAUGACCUCACUGUGGACUCACUGGAUGUUCAUGCUGGGAGACAAACGUUUCAUCGUUUUGACAAGUUCAACUCCAAGUAUAACCCAGUGGGUGCCAGUGAGCUCCGAGAACUCUUCCUGAAAACAGACAACGACAUCAACGGAGAGUAUUUUGCUCAGAUCAUAAAGACUCUUCCUCUCAUCUCACAGGAGGUGGCUCAUGAUUUGGAGGAGAGUAAGUAUCAGCACGCAGAGCCGAGACUGUCGAUCUACGGACGCUCUGCUGACGAGUGGCAAAGUCUCGCCAAGUGGUUCAUUCAGCACAAACUGCACUCGCCAAACAUGAGAUGGAUGAUCCAAGUGCCCAGAAUAUACGAUAUCUUUAAGUCGAAGAAGCUGGUGCCUAAUUUUGCCAAAAUAUUGGAGAACGUGUUCCUUCCUCUGUUUGAGGCGUCCGUGAACCCCCAGAAGCACAAAGAACUCCACAUCUUCCUCAAAUAUGUGUCCGGCUUCGACAGCGUAGAUGAUGAGUCCAAACACAGCAAUCACAUGUUUUCCUUCAGGAGCCCGAAACCCGAGCAGUGGGUGAGCGAUGACAACCCCCCCUACAGCUACUACCUCUUCUAUAUGUACGCAAACAUCAUGGUGCUCAACAACCUCAGAAAAGAACUUGGACUGAACACCUUCCAGUUUCGUCCUCACUGCGGAGAAGCCGGAUCAAUAACUCACCUGGUCUCCGCCUUCCUCACUGCCGACAACAUCUCACACGGCCUCAACCUAAAGAAGAGUCCUGUGCUGCAGUACAUGUACUACCUGGCCCAGGUGCCGAUUGCAAUGUCUCCUCUGAGCAACAACAGCCUUUUUCUGGAAUACUCUAAAAAUCCCCUUAAAGAGUUCCUCCACAAAGGUCUGUGUGUGUCCCUGGCCACGGAUGAUCCCAUGCAGUUCCACUACACCAAGGAGCCACUGAUGGAGGAGUAUGCUAUAGCAGCUCAGCUGUGGAAGCUCAGCACCUGUGAUGUGUGUGAAAUAGCCAGGAACAGUGUGCUGCAAAGUGGACUGAGUCACCAGGAAAAGAAGUGCUUUUUAGGAGCAAACUACCUGAAAGAAGGACACGAAGGCAACGACAUCCGUCGGACCAACGUUGCCCAGAUUCGCAUGGCCUACAGACAAGAGACGCUGUGCAACGAGCUCAGCUUCAUCGUUGACGCCGUGCAGUCUGAGGUUAUUACUUCUCAUUAGGAGGUAAAAGAAUCUCGUAUAUGACAGAAUCAAAGCAUGCUCAGGAWUCAUCAGUCACCAUUAUUUAGUAAAAAAAAAAGCCACCAUCUGGCUACGAUGGUUAACUAAGCACAUACUUCCAUUUAAAAAGCAACGCUGAACCAAUCGGAUAACAAAUGAGAGCUGUAAAAAAAGAAACGCUUCAGUGAUUGA